GCCAUGCUUUGGCUUUUAACUCCAUUGCUCAAAAUACUCAAGAAACGGUAUCAUUACUGUAAGCUGAUAGGGAUCCAUCUCAAAUACUUGGAAGUAAAUUCAACUGGGGCCCUGAAUCUGAUUGCCACUUUAGGUGGCUUUGCACUUUGCUUUGACCUAUUUUCUCCCUGUCAGUACUUUUAGCCAGCAACUGACAGCUUUUUUACAAGUUCACAAUUCAUAUGUAAGGUACCAGAAAAGCCAGAGUCUUACAGAGAUUCUCUCACAGCUUUCAAUCUUCUCUGCAAUUUCUUGUGCAAAAUAUGUUGCCUUUGCUAGUUUUCUUCAUAUCCCAUUGUAUUGCACUUGCUAGUUCUUUAAAUGAUGAAGGCCUUGCUCUUCUAUUCUUCAAACAAUCCUUAGGGAACUCCACUGCCGGUUGUCUGGAUAACUGGAACUCGUCAGACACCAACCCGUGUUCGUGGUAUGGAGUUCGAUGCAAAGAAGGACGAGUCAUUUUUCUCAAUAUUCCAGAUAAAAGACUUUAUGGAUUCCUAUAUCUCGACACCGGGAGGCUCGCUUCUCUUCGCUAUCUUAAUCUCAAGAAUAAUUACUUUUAUGGAAGCUUGCCGGUUGACCUCUUUAGUGCAACAGGGUUAACAAGCUUGGUCCUCUCAGGAAAUUCAUUUUUCGGGCCAGUUCCUGUCGAGAUAGGGAACCUCAAGGACCUGCGGAUCCUUGAUCUUUCACAGAAUUCUUUCAAUGAUUCAGUACCUUCAUCUCUUCUUCAAUGUAAGAAAUUGAAGCAGCUUUUCCUCACUCAAAAUAGCUUCACCGGUUCUCUACCAGAUGGGUUCGGAACCAGUUUGGUAAUGCUUCAGAAACUUGAUCUUUCAUUCAAUAUCUUUAGUGGUUUGAUCCCCAGCGACCUAGGCAAUUUGUCGAGCUUGCAAGGAGUGCUUGACCUAUCUCACAAUCUUUUCAAUGGUUCAAUCCCAGCAAGUCUAGGAAAUCUUCCUAUAUCAGUUUAUAUCAAUCUUUCUUACAACAAUCUCAGCGGUGCCAUACCACUAAAUGAUGUUCUACUGAAUGUAGGACCAACAGCUUUUAUGGGCAACCCUCUCCUCUGUGGGAUCCCAUUGAAAAUUGUGUGCCCUGCAAAACCAGAACCCUUACUAUAUGAACCUACUCAAAUUUUUCCAAGAGGCAGCUCUGGCCGGGGCCGAUGUUUUGUGAUUACAAUUGUUGCCUGUACAGUGUUGGGAAUUUGUUUCAUCAGUGUGCUGUUCUCCUAUUGGUAUAGGAAAUUCUAUGUUUGUAAAGGGGGCAAACGUGUCAAGGAAAGUAAUUUUGAAGAGAAAUCGAUAGUUAGAAAGGAAAUGUUCUGCUUCAGAACAGAUGACUUGGAGUCUCUAUCAGAAAAUAUGGAGCAAUGCAUUUUCAUACCCUUAGACUCACAGGUUAAAUUUGAUCUCGAACAACUUCUGAAAGCUUCUGCUUUUCUUCUGGGAAAGAGCAGAAUAGGAAUUGUCUAUAAAGUUGUUCUUGAAAAGGGAACGACUGUAGCAGUUAGAAGACUGGAAGAUGGAGGUUCUCAAAGGUACAGGGACUUUCAAGCUGAAGUGGAAUCAAUUGGAAAGAUUAGGCAUCCAAACAUAGUCAGUCUUCUGGCUUAUUGCUGGUGUAUCAAUGAGAAGCUGCUAAUCUAUGAUUACAUGCCCAAUGGUGAACUUGCCACAGCAAUUCAUGGAAGAACAGGAUUGAUAUACUUCAAACCUCUUUCUUGGUCUACUCGUCUUAGAAUCAUGAAAGGAGUGGCAAAGGGAUUGGCUUUUCUACAUGAAUUCAGCCCCAAAAAGUAUGUCCAUGGAAAUCUAAAGCCUAGCAAUAUUUUGCUUGGAGAGAAGAUGGAACCAAGAAUCACUGAUUUUGGACUUAAUCGUCUAGCUUACACAGCUGAAGAAUCACUAGUAGUUAAUUUAGAACAUAUGGCAAGGGGCACACCACAACAAGGGUCUCCAUAUGCGCUCACAGCAACAAAUUCAAGCCCAAUUAUGUCUUACUAUGAAGCUCCUGAGGCCUCAAAAUCCUCCAAGCCAUCACAGAAGUGGGAUGUUUAUUCAUACGGGGUAAUUUUACUGGAGAUGAUUUCUGGGAAGUCACCAGUUACGCAGACAGGUUCAUCAGAAAUGGGUCUUGUUCAAUGGAUUCAGCUUAGCACAGAAAUCAAGCCACUCUGUCAUGUGUUAGAUCCUUUCUUGGUUCAUGAUUUGGAGAAGAGAGAUGAGAUGAUUGCAGUACUUGACAUCGCUCUAGCCUGCGUUCACAUCAGCCCUGAUAAGAGACCUUUAAUGAGGAUUGUGAGUGAUACUCUGGAAAGAUUGGCCUCUUUCACUUGAGCAAAUCAUCGCAUUCUUUGAAGAAACAGAUUCGGGGUUCCUAGUUUUCCUCUGCAAUGGGUGCAUUCUUCCCAUCUGUCCAGUGUCCACUACCAAUUUUCUGUGUAUGUUUGUCCUGUAGGAUGGUUUUGGGUUAAGGCAUUUUGCCACUACAUGCCAUGUAUAUAUGAGUAUGACUCCUAGCUACAGUUUCUAUUAUUCUAAAUCAAUAAUAAACAGUUUUGUUAUUA